CGAGGAUCAGGAGUCCUCGGGAACGCUAGCUGGGGUUGCAGCUGUGAUCCCAUGACGGGAAGAUGGGUACUCUCUAUCACCGGAGCGGAAUUAGGCACAGACGAGACACGUAUCAAUUGGAAAACAGAGAUGGCUUUACUUACACUGUAGAGUCAUAUACAGCGCAGGCAAUCGUAGUUGCAACAAUUCUACUCUCUAAUCGGUAAUCGAGGAGCUCUUGUAGACCGGGUAGCUCGGGUCUAACUCGGGCAUGCAACACGGAGGAUACGUCACAAGGCUUCGCCGACGGGGAGUCGUUGGCAGGUGAUCAAGCUGCCGGAGUUCCACUCCAGGGGGAAUCGCGGAGUUCUCCAACUAGGGCAGAAACACCCCUAACCUUUUAUUCGGCUAGCGAGCCAAUUGCCAGCCUCCACGUGGGAAUAAUUUAACAUCAGCCAAUUGUGUUAUGCAAAUCUGCAUUUCCUCGGCGGGAACUCUGUCCAUGCCGGAACUCUUCACCAUGCCGAGACUUCCCCUGCCUUACCGUGCCUUGUGCUAGAAAGUUCCACUGUGUCGAGGCACUGAUCCAAAUCAGCUCUGACCGCCUACAUCUAAGUUUUUCUGGCAAAGCUAACCUCUUAGCUGUAUGGGGCAGGAGGGACAAACCGGACCGUAGAGAGGAAGAAGAGAGGUGAUCUUGACUGAGCAUCAGGGCUAGAAUACUGCCUGUAGUUCUGGUGCCCGCAGUUUUGGAAAGGAGCUACAAACAAGAUGGGAUGUUUAAGGGUUACAGUAGGGGUGUCAAAAUCACCUGGGCCCCCAGGACCAGACCUGGGACUCCUUGCAGGCUGUAUAUAGCCUUGGGUGUGAGGGCUGCUGCAGUUGCCACCACCAUGGCAGCAGCAGCAGCAGCCAGGGAUCCAGUAUUAGCAACAAAGGGGCCAGUGGAGGCAGUGAGCUUGAGGGAGUGAGUCCGGGGGUCUAGCAGCAACCUGAGCUUGCUGCCAAUGGCCAUGUCUGGUGAGGCUAAAGGGUCCCCGAUUUCUGUGGUGGGCUGCACCCUGAAACUUCCAGGGGCCCAGCAGUAGUCUGGCAGGGUGGAAAGAGGGGCUGUGCAGGCUGGAUCUAGCCCGUGGGCCACAAGAUUGACACCCCGGUGUUACAGCGAGCAAUUUUUAUUGAGCUCCACCUGUUCAAUUCGCCAGAACAAACCCUGUGAGGUGACUGGAUGAGCGUGUCACUUUCUGCAGAGGAAAUCCUGGAUGGCAGGGCCUUUUCCAGCCAAGAGAAAGGCAUAAGCCAAGUGAACGACUGGAAGGCAAUACCAGCCAUUCUUGUUAGAAGCAAAUGACUAAUUUGUGAGUGAGGGUAAUUUUAACAGUUACAACAGACAAUCAAAGAAAGUGAAAUGGAGAAUCCCUCUCACUGUUUUCGAAGUCAGGACUAGAUGUCUUCUGGGAGGCAUGCUUUAGGCAAACUCAAGUGUAUUGGGCUUAACAUGUGGUAAUACAUUAAUGACUUCUGAUAAGCAAAGGUCAGACUAGAUGAUCUAAUGGCCCCUUCUGCUCUUAAUUUAUGAAAAUGUACAUAUUUUCACAUUUAAUUUUGUUGUAAUUAAGAGCAUAAGCUGGAAGAGGCAUCUCCUGCAUCAUCUUUGGGCACUCGUAUCAUAUAAUCCCAUAUAUAUGUAUGUGAAAAAAAAUGGUUUAACCAGAUGCAAAAAAGGGGUUGGACAAUUUCUUGGCAGAAAGGUGCAUCAGUAGCUAUUGAGUAUGGGAGUUCGGGCCACAGCCUCUGAACCACAACUUCCUAGACCCUAAAUGCUGGAGGCUUCAAGUGUCAGGAGCAGUGGGAAAAGACCUGGUCAUAUACCUUUUACUCUUCUUUCAGCAGCUGCUCUCUGCCACUGUGCGACACGGGCGGGAUGCUGGGCAAGAUGGACCUCUGGUCUGACCUGGAGCUGCUGCCUGAUACAGAUGUCUAGAAAGGAUUUCAAAAUAAGAGAGGUUUUCUCAAGCUUUGGAAAUAAUAGAGCACUUGGCCACUAAUACACCUGAAAUCUGCAUUCACACUUGAAAGGAUCUGCUUUGGAGUCCAUCGCAUUUCCUAAUCCCAGAAUUCUUUCCUGGGAGGGGGAGAAAAGGACUUUGUAUGAGAGGAAUCUAAGAUAAUAAUGUGACACAGCGUACCCGGAAAGUCUGUUGAAGAAGAAGGACUCGUUCUUGUUAAGUGGCUUUCUCUUUUCUAAAAGACCACCUUAAAGUCGACAAACAAAAUGCCAGCUAAGACCCCCAUCUACCUGAAAGCUGCCAACAAUAAGAAAGGAAAGAAAUUCAGACUAAGGGAUAUCUUGUCCCCUGAUAUGAUCAGUCCUCCACUUGGAGACUUUCGCCACACCAUUCACAUUGGAAAAGAGGGACAACAUGAUGUUUUUGGGGACAUCUCCUUCCUGCAAGGAAAUUAUGAGCUGUUACCUGGGAAUGAAGGAAAAACAAGAGUUGGCCAGUUUGGUGAAUUCUUCAGGGCAAACAGCACCUCUGACUCCAUGUUUACAGAAACUCCUUCACCAGUGCUCAAAAAUGCUAUUUCACUUCCUGCAAUUGGUGGUUCUCAAGCCCUUAUGUUGCCCUUACUGUCACCAGUGACAUUCAGUUCAAAGCAAGACUCGUUCAGGCCGUCAAGGAAUCCUCGACUCAGUUGUGAGCCAGUAAUGGAAGAAAAAUUGCAGGAGCAAAGCAAACAGUCGGAGGACGGGGAAACAUACAAGGAUGCUGACGUGUGGGAGCAAAGUGGUUCUACAUCACAUUAUACUAAUGGCAGAGACAGUCAUUCAUCCAGCCUUUCUGAACGAUGCACUGAUUGGCAAACAGUUGAUUUAUUUGAAGACAGUCAGCUUUCGUGUGAACUAACCAAGAUGGAGACCAAGUCUGAAGACUCCCUUUCAGAUCUUGCAGGCUCUCUUCUUUCAUUGCAACUUGACCUUGGACCUUCACUUCUGGAUGAGGUCCUCAAUGUAAUGGACAAAAAUAAAUUGUAGAACUGGUACCUUAUUAUUUCUAUAUACAAUGAUUAAUAAAAAAGAAACCAUAACCGAAGAGUACUGAAGAAUAAAUAUAUUAAAAUAUCAGCUGUAUUUGCAGUUGUUUGACGGGUUUUCUAAAAAUAUUCGUAAAAUACUAUUUUUUUACCUAUUGUUUUUCAUGAUUUUUACUACAGCAAGAUGAUAAAUUUUAAUGAAAAAAUUUCAGCAAACAUGAAAUGUAUUCAAGGACCAGUAUUAGCUGUCAAAACUUAAGGAAUAUACUUUGGGGAUACUACUACUUGUGACCAUUAGUUUAGUUCACUUUUAGGAGCUUUUGAGCAUUGAAGAAUCUGUAAGCAUUAGACAGGAGAUUUUUAAGGUAAAGAAUAAAUAAUUCAACAUUACUUUACAUGUAGGCCUCUCUUUAGUAUCUUAAGCUGUCUUUAGUUCCAUUUUCUGUUUUUGCUGCACUGUAACUAGCUCUUCAGUGUUAAACUAUUGCUUUGUGUUCAAAUGUGAACAACUCGAGGGUUUUCUUUUCAAAUAUAUUUGGCCAGAUUCUCAGCUGCUAUAAAUCAGCAUAUACCUAUUUACACCUAAUUGAGGACUUGGCCCUGUAGCUGUAUAUGAAAUCAUAAACCAUCCGUUGCAAACAGGUAACACAAGCAAAACAUAACUGUUAAAUUAUUUUGAAAGUUAAAAUAUAUAUUUUGUGCAUAGUUUGGCGCUUUACUGCAGAGUCUACAUUUACAGAUACAGUAUCUCAUUGAAAUAGUUGCUUGACUUUAUUGGAGAUCCUCUUAAAAUUGUAUAUUUGUGUGUUUUGAUAACAAUAUGUAUUUAUACUUCUCGCUUUUUUUCCUUCAAUUAUUGCCACAAAUGCUUAAACUUGCAACUGAUUUUUUUUGAAAUACCUUUAAAAAGAAGGCACUGGUUAUUCACAAUGCUUGUGUUGCAUGCUGCAACAUCCAAUAUUUUGGGAAGUGUGGCUCCUUUACAGUAAAGACAUGAACUGCAUAGAUAUGUUGUGCAAUACAAUAAAAAAUAAAUGUUUAAA